UCGCUUUUAUUUUGAAAUAACCGGAAGUCUUCUCCCUGCUCGCUUGUUGUGGAGGGAAGCUGUUAGCGCCGCUAGCUCCGUUAGCUCUGUGUGUUUGAGCGAUAGUUUACUGAAGUUAUUUCUUGUCAUAUAUCAGCUCCAUCAUGGCGUACCAGCUGUACAGAAACACCACUCUGGGAAACAGUCUUCAGGAGAGUCUGGACGAGCUCAUUCAGACUCAGCAGAUCACCCCUCAGCUCGCUCUCCAGGUCCUCCUUCAGUUCGAUAAAGCGAUCAACACGGCGCUCGCCAACCGCGUCCGCAACAGAGUCAACUUCAGGGGUUCUCUGAACACGUACCGGUUCUGCGACAACGUGUGGACGUUUGUUCUGAACGACGUGGAGUUCAGGGAGGUGACGGACCUGGUGAAGGUGGACAAGGUGAAGAUCGUGGCCUGUGACGGGAAGAGCGAGUCCACGCAGAACAAGAGCGACAAAUGAAGCUCUCUCUGUGUGAUGGAGCCGCAGACGGACCUGGACUGUACAUAUAAUUUAUUACAGCAGUCACAGUGUGUGUGUGUGUGUGUGUGUGUGUGUGUGUGUGUGUGUGUGUGUGUGUGUGUGUGUGUGUGUGUGUGUGUGUGUGUGUGUCUCAGAGUGGACCAGUCACUGUACCUGCAGUAUUUUUUUUAUUAUCUUCAGUUGACAGGAGUUUGUUUUCAGUUGGCUGUUAUUACUGAGCUGGAUCAUCUGUAAUAAAAACUUUAUUUAAAACACAAA